CCCUCCCCUUUUCCCAAACAAGCAGGCAGUCUGUCAAUGCGCUCCGAGCGUUCCGCAAGUCAAACGAGUGGGAAUUUGAACUAGUGAGACGGGGGAGAUAGGCUAUCGAAUGGAAAACAUUGACGGAGAAGGGAAGCUAUCUAUAUUCCAGAUGACUCGCCACGCCAGAACGGCUAGUCUAUAACAUAAGGAUAUAGCCUAUGUUAAACGUCUAUUUAUUAUUCCAAGUUUUAUUUUCUUCAUAUUCCUCUGGUUAGUUGAAAGUUGAAUAGGCUGGAGAUGUUCUAGUCUUCAGUUCUCGUUCUAGUCAAGUGUUUUUAUUUGUUCUGUGAUAAGUUGGUUCUUGGAUGUCAACAUUAUCCGAGGUUUAUUCGCCAGUCGCAUUUACAAAUCAUUUGGGAUAGGAUCUCGGAUGUACUAAUUGGAAGAGAAGAGAAAGAACAAGGAGUGAGCGGGGACCAGACCGCGCAAUGACAAAUCCACCGAGCAGCAAGCAUCAACGCGUCCUUAUGGGGAUGGAGCUUCUGUUCUAAACGGGAGAAAAUCCUCUUCCAUUUUUAAACACAACAUUAGCGCUUCUAUCUCGAUUUAAAAAAAUAAAGUACCAUUUCUAUAUUGCUGGAAAAUCCGUUAAAAAAAGAAGGAAUGGGAGAGAAGCCGAACAGAAUCGGCGCAGACAACAAGGGAACAUUGUUUGGGAAAAACAAUUAUAGCUAAGACCAACACGCAACAUAAAUACCACUAGAAAUCCUUUAACGGGAUUUAUUUUUGAGUAAGAAGGGGAGUUGUGCACGGGCCAGUGGACAUCGCAUUGAGGAGAAAAAAUAGGGACUAAUGACAAAAUAAUCAGAAAGUCAUGGGAUUUGCAUAGUAUUUCUCCUGGACACGCACAGAAAAUAUUCUCGAUUUACGCAGGACGCAGCCUAUAUUGUCGUCCAGCUGUCACGGAUAGAGCAACUUUUAUCUGUUAUAGUUCAGUGUCAAUUACGCAUUUUCUCUUCUAUUUUCGGUUUAUAUCCAUGCGGUUGCCCAAGGCACGAUAUCUCAUAUUCACGCAUUGAGUGACUCACCUAUAGCCUUCACGGCUAUAGUCUUUGUUUUGAAAGUCCCCCAUCUCCAACCUCAUAGAACAUAUCACAUGUAUUUUGAAAUGGGGGUAAAUAAUCGGGUUAGUGUGGUUGCAAUGGCGCGUCUGAGAAGUGGGAGUAGACUGAGUUUUCUGCUGAUAAUCUUAAUGGAUUUACUGGGGACGGCGGCGAGCAACAUGGAGCCUAUCUACUGGAAUUCAUUGAACAAAAGGUUUUUGGACGAUAAGGGCUACGUCCUCUACCCUCAGAUCGGGGACCGCCUGGACCUCAUCUGUCCGUCGUCUGACCCUCCCAGCCAGCGGGCCCCCGCCGAGUAUGAGUUCUACAAGCUAUAUCUGGUGUCGUCACGUGACCAAGCGGACAGGUGUGAGGUGACGGGCGCGCCUAACCUGCUGCUCACCUGUGACAAGCCCAACAAUGACAUGAGGUUCACCAUCAAGUUCCAGGAGUACUCUCCUAACCUGUGGGGACAUGAGUUCAAGACCAACGCUGACUACUACAUCAUCGCCACGUCAGAUGGGACGCGCCAGGGUCUGGAGAGUAUGAGGGGAGGAGUGUGUGCCACGCAGGGCAUGAAAGUGGUCCUUAAAGUGGGACAGAACCCCUAUGGACUGCCCCCGAAACCUGCCAAACCAGACCAAAGCGCGGGCCGCACCAACACCAGAAAUACAGGUGGUACUGGUAACACCACUCAUCCCAGGAUUCCUAGCGGUGACGGCGGUGGUUCGGGAGGCACGGGUGGUGAGAACGGACCCCUUCCCCCCUCCAACGUCGCUGUCAUCGCCGGCGCCGCAGGAGGCUCCGCCUUUCUCCUCCUGGUCACCGCGGUGAUCUGCGUGGUGUGUUACCGGCGGCGACACGCCAAGCACUCGGAGUCCCACCACCCACCCCUGUCGCUGUCCUCCCUCACCAGCCCCAAGAGGCACGGCGGUGGGCACGGGGGCGGCCACGGGAGCGGGAAUAACAACGGCUCGGAACCCAGUGACAUCAUCAUCCCCCUGCGGACUUCGGACUCGGCGUACUGCCCUCACUAUGAGAAGGUGAGCGGGGACUACGGCCACCCCGUCUACAUCGUCCAGGAGAUGCCCCCCCAGAGCCCAGCCAACAUCUACUAUAAAGUAUGAAGGUCGUCACCAUGACAACCUACAGUACCACCAACUACCACCCUUCCCUGUUCUAUACAGUACAGUACCACCUACAACCUACCAACAAUAUACCCUGUUCUAUACAGUACAGUACCACCUACAACCUACCUACAAUAUACCCUGUUCUAUACAGUACAGUACCACCUACAACCUACCUACAAUAUACCCUGUUCUAUACAGUAUAGUACCACCUACAACCUACCUACAACAUACCCUGUUCUAUACAGUACAGUACCACCUACAACCUAUCUACAAUAUACCCUGUUCUAUACAGUACAGUACCACCUACAUCCUACCUACAAUAUACCCUGUUCUAUACAGUACAGUACCACCUACAACCUACCUACAAUACACCCUGUUCUAUACAGUACAGUACCACCUACAACCUACCUACAAUAUACCCUGUUCUAUACAGUACAGUACCACCUACAUCCUACCUACAAUAUACCCUGUUCUAUACAGUACAGUACCACCUACAACCUACCUACAACGGUCCCUCAAUGACUUACUCCAAAAGCAGAUGUUUAGGGCACUAUACAGCAUAUGAACUGCCCUAUCCAACCCCAGCCACAGCCACAGCCACAAGUGUGUGUGUCUAGCUUACUGAAGAGGCCAUCCUUCACGCCCACCACUCUUCACUCAACUGUGUCACUAAGCCAAGUGAAGGUUUAGUAUAUAACCCCCCUACUGCCCCCCCCCCCUCCUGGGCCCUUUAAAUAGGACAGCAAUGACAAGUACUCUGGGCUACGACCCCUUUCUUUCUCACAGCGAAUCGAAACCCCCCAUCCAGAGCUGAAGAGAAGAGUCCCGCCCUAUACACCAUGAGGACAAGUGUGAGAGAACACACACCAAGCUAGUGUGAGAGAACACACACUAGUAACGCCACAGCAUGGCCUUAUGGGACUCGGACCCUAGAAAACCUACAGUCCAACUACCAACCAACCAGAGAACUCUGUCUGUAUCUCCAGUGCUGUGCUAUAGCAGACCUAUCGAGACUGGCCCCUGACUGGCCCUUGACUGGCCCCUGAGACAGACUGUGUCCCCUAAUGUUAGUUUGUUUGUUUGUGUGUGUAUGGUUUCUCAUUGGACCAGGGGCCUCUGACUCUCUCGCCACGUGAUCAGGCUCAGGUGCCAGAGGUCAGACCAAUUGAGUCUUAGUGACAUUCAGAUUCUUGUAUAUUUUAAUAACGUGUGUAUGUGUGUGCUUGUGUAUGUGGGACUCUAGGAUAAUAAUUAUGACACUGCUACACGUACAGGUGUGUGUGCAGUUAGUGUGCUUUAGUACAGCGAGUAUGUGUGUGUGUUUUGUGUGUCAGUGUGUGUGUGUGUGUGUGUGUGUAUGCCUGUAUUUCUCUGUGUAUACACUACGUGCGAGAGAACGUGCGUGUGUGUUUGUUCUUUAGACUUGUCUUAAAAACCAAAACUCAAAAAAGUGAGCGAAUAUAGGAAGAAAGUGAGAUUUUUUUAUCGCUAUCAACACUUAUAGAUGAUAUAUAUAUAUGAAUAUCCAGUAAGUAAUUUUUAGACGUCUUGUUUUCUAUUGUUUUUCAUUUUUAUUCCUCCACUGUUACGGCUAGAUAUUGUUUAUCUGCUGGUUUAUUUUUUAGAAACAUGACCUUAUUUCCUUCCCCUUUGAGUUGUAAAUUAAUUGAAUCCCUUUGUUUUUCUUUUCCUGGCGAACUGAGGUCUCUCCCUCUCUCUCUCAUCGCCUCCUCCCUCCCUUCCUCCCUCCCUGUCUCCCUCUGGGCCUCCCACCCCUAUGUAUAUUUUUAUAGUUCUUGUAAUAUGCUGUAGUUUUGAAGUUUAGACCUCGUUUGUGGAAGUUGUUGAGGUAGAAACCAUCUAUGAACGUUUUUUUUUUCAAAUUGUUUUUGAACAACACAAGAAAAAGCAAGGGGGAAAAUAAACGAGGGAAGGUUCCAAAAUAAAUGAAAUGAAAAGCAAGAAGGUGAACCGGAGUCACUGUCUAGGGAGAAAAGAGAGUGACUAAAAACAGAACUUCUGUUAAAAGACAGAGAGAAAAAACUGAAGAAGGACUUACACACUAAGAAAGAAAAAGAAUGCGAGAACAGAUGGAAGAAGAGGAGGAGGAUAGGAGUUGAAUUGAGGGAUGAGAGAAGGAUCCCUGGGAAGGAUAGAGAGCGUGAAGCGAUGACUGCGGCGAAGGAUAGGAGUCUUUCCUUUAAUGGAGUGCUGCGAAGGAGUGAUGAACCCUAGGAGGAGGGAGGAGAGGAACGGACACGCAACUGAAAUGGAUUUCAGGGGGGAAACCUCACUGUGGAAUAAGGAGGAGAGAUUUAAUCUCCCCCCCCCCACACACACACACACACACACACACACACACACACACACACACACACACACACACACACACACACACACACACACACACACACACACACACACACACACACACACACACACACACACACACACACAAACACACACUGACAGAUAGACAGACAUACUCCCCUUUUACCUCACAACAGCUUUAUAUUUGAGACACACACUAUUUAAGCUGAUUAUAAUGAUAGACACUCUCUCUGCAGACACACUGAUCCCUCUCACAUUCUCUUUCACUGUCACACACACACACACACACACACACACACACACACACACACACACACACACACACACACACACACACACACACACACACACACACACACACA